AAAGCAAAAAUCGUUCACUUUACUAGACGUUGUCAAAACGAGUAGUUGAUUAUAAUUUUGCUUUGUUCUUAAAUUCUGAUAUAGAUUCCCUAUUUACUUUUUGAAGAUGGGUAGGGAGAACAAAGCCGCAUGGAAAGCUAAUUAUUUUGUGAAAGUCGUCCAACUUUUUGAUGAAUACCCGAAAUGUUUCAUAGUUGGAGCAGAUAAUGUUGGUUCAAAACAAAUGCAGCAGAUUCGUACAUCAUUGAGAGGUAUGGGUGUAGUUUUGAUGGGGAAAAACACCAUGAUGAGAAAAGCUAUUCGUGGUCAUUUGGAAAACAAUGCUUCUCUUGAAAAACUUUUACCUCAUAUCAAAGGAAACGUUGGUUUUGUGUUUACUAAAGGAGAUUUGGCUGAAGUAAGGGACAAAAUUGCUGAAAGUAAAGUACGUGCUCCAGCUCGUGCUGGUGCUAUUGCCCCAUUACCUGUAGUUAUUCCAGCUCAAAAUACUGGUCUUGGUCCAGAAAAAACUUCCUUCUUCCAAGCUCUUUCUAUUCCAACAAAAAUUUCAAAAGGUACUAUUGAAAUUAUCAACGAUGUACCAAUUUUGAAGCCAGGAGAUAAAGUUGGUGCUUCAGAGGCAACAUUAUUGAACAUGUUGAACAUUUCCCCAUUCUCAUAUGGAUUGGUUAUAGAACAAGUUUACGAUUCCGGCUCUAUCUUUUCGCCAGACAUCCUUGAUAUUAAGCCAGAAGAUCUUAGAAGCAAAUUUCAAGCUGGUGUUGCAAAUUUGGCAGCUGUUUGUUUAGAAAUUGGUUAUCCAACAAUUGCAUCCGCUCCACACAGUAUUGCAAACGGUUUCAAAAACUUAUUGGCUAUUGCUGCUACAACUGAAGUUGAGUUCAAAGAAGCAACAACUAUUAAAGAAUUUAUUAAAGAUCCAAGCAAAUUUGCAGCCGCCGCUGCUGCAAGUGCUCCAGCAGCUACUGCCGCAGCUCCAGCAGCAGAAGAAAAGAAAGAAGCUAAAAAGGAAGAAUCUGAAAGUGAAGAUGACGACAUGGGCUUCGGUCUUUUUGAUUAAAUUUAAUGUACAAAUACUCGUCAGCAGAAAGCUAUGGCGAUUUGUAUAAUAAAAUUUUAGAAAAUAAUAA